AUGUCGAGCACGCUGCCCAAUAAUCGGACAUUGCAAAUUCUGGCAGCCGCCGAUGAAGGAGGUUAUGGAGUUUUGGCUGCUAUCGCUUACAAUGUCGAACAUGUCACAGCACUAGUCAGGGCGGCCGAGGCUAGCCACUCACCACUCAUUCUACUCCUCUUCCCCUCGACAUUGAAGCAACUGCCCUCUCUGGUCUUCGCUGCUUCUGCAGCCUGUAGAGCGGCAUCGGUCCCGAUAUCGUUACACCUCGACCAUGCUCAAGACGAACAACAGAUUCGGGAUGUGGUCAAUACCAUGCCAUUUGAUUCCAUAAUGGUCGAUAUGAGCCACUACGAGCAUGAAGAAAACCUUCGAAAAACUAGGGAGUUAACAAAGCUGUGCCACGAAAGAGGAAUAGCUGUCGAGGCCGAAAGUGGGCGUAUCAACGGUGGUGAGGACGGUAUCGCAGACACUGGGGAGCUUGAAGCACUCCUGACUUCACCUGAUGAGGUCGAGGAUUUCUUGGAUGCUGAUAUUGACAUUCUUGCUCCAAGCAUCGGCAACAUCCACGGAGUUUAUCCUCCUGAAGGACCAAAACUAGAUCUGGGACGUCUUGAGAGGAUACAUAGUCAACUUCGUGGUCGAGCUAGACUCGCGCUACAUGGGACGAAUGACUUUAGUCCAAAGCUGACGCAAGAAUGCAUCGGAAAUGGUGUCACCAAGUUCAACGUUAACAAGUUGUUGCUGGCGAGCUACCACCACUUCAUCAAAGAAAAUGCGGAUCAGCCGAUCACGAAAUUGAUUGAUCAGGGAAUUGAAGUGGUGCAAAGAGAGACUGAAAAAUGGAUGGUUGUUUGUGGUAGUGCAAAUAGAUGUUAG